AUGAGCCUUCCAUCCCCAAUAUUAACCUUAAAUACACAAACUGGUCUUGUUUCAAGAUGUCAAUUACCUGGGCUAGACUAUGUUUUGUUUGUCAAAGGUUUAGGACCACACAAUAUCAGUUAUGCUCAUGCACAAGACAAACCUCCAAAGGAGAUAAUUGUUAGCCGUAAAUGCGCUGAGGCUGUGCUUCGCGGUGCUCAGGUAUAUGUUUCUGGUGUAUUGGCUUGCAGUGCUCACGUUGAGAAAGGGGAUGCAGUUGUAGUAUCAGUUGCUGUGGAGCAGCCUGGACAGGAUGGUGGAUGGGGCGUUGGUAUGACACGUGGAACUAUUCUACAGGGAUUGCAGACUAAUCCUUAUUUUUCUGAACGAAGUGGAUUAUAUAUUGGCCAAGGAACGACAAUGAUGUCAAGAGCUGGAAUGUUUCGCGUUUUACAAGGAAUUGCUAUGGAUAUGAAAAACAGAGUAUUUGAGCUACCUUCCUUUCAUGGUAUAAUUUCCCCCCCCCCCAAAAUAUGGCGAGCAUAUGUGAUAUUGAUUAUGAUUUUAUUGCAACAAAAUGAUUUGUCUUUAAAGAACGAUGCAAAGUAUCAAAGGAAAAUGUUUGACCAGGCUGUUCAGAUAGUUCCCUCGGGUCGAGUUUUAGUGUAUUCUACGUGUACAAUCAACCCAGGUGAGAAUAAAGCACUGGUCCGAUAUGCUUUGGAUACAUAUAAGUUUCUUUCAUUGGCAGUACAGCACCCAAAAAUUGGAGGACCUGGUCUUCUUGGUGGUUGUGAACUAUCUAACGGAUACAUUGAGGAAUGGUUAAGACCUAGUGAAGAAGAUCUUGUUCAGAGAUUUGAUCCGUCAUCUCCACUUGAUACAAUUGGAUUCUUCAUAGCCAAGUUUAAUGUUGGCCCGAAAGGUACCUGACUUUUCUUAGAAAAUAUGUGACUUUGGCAUGGGUACCAGUAAUUUUAACCAAUGCAGCUCCUCUAGGGAAAUCAUUGUCCAAGAUUUUUUUUUUUUUUUUUA